CGGGAGCGGGAUAAGAUGGCGGCGGGGCCGAUUUCGGAGCGGAACCAGGAUGCCACGGUGUACGUGGGGGGACUGGACGAGAAGGUCAGCGAGCCCCUGCUCUGGGAGCUCUUCCUGCAGGCCGGGCCCGUCGUCAACACGCACAUGCCCAAGGACCGGGUGACGGGCCAGCAUCAGGGGUACGGUUUCGUGGAGUUCCUGAGUGAGGAGGAUGCUGACUAUGCCAUCAAGAUCAUGAACAUGAUCAAGCUCUAUGGAAAACCCAUCCGAGUGAACAAGGCCUCGGCCCACAACAAGAACCUGGACGUGGGCGCCAACAUCUUCAUUGGCAACCUGGACCCUGAGAUCGAUGAGAAGCUGCUCUACGACACUUUCAGCGCCUUUGGGGUCAUCCUGCAGACCCCCAAGAUCAUGCGGGACCCCGACACAGGCAACUCCAAGGGCUACGCCUUCAUCAACUUUGCCAGUUUCGAUGCGUCAGACGCAGCCAUCGAGGCCAUGAACGGGCAGUACCUGUGCAACCGCCCCAUCACCGUGUCCUACGCCUUCAAGAAGGACUCCAAGGGCGAGCGGCACGGCUCGGCGGCUGAGCGGCUGCUGGCGGCUCAGAACCCCCUCUCCCAGGCCGACCGGCCCCACCAGCUCUUUGCAGACGCGCCCCCACCCCCAUCCGUACCCACGCCCGUGGUCACCGCGCUGGGGCCUGGGGUGACCCCUCCAGGCCUGCCUCCCCCCGGCUCGUUCCCGCCGCCGGUGCCGCCGCCCGGAGCGCUGCCCCCCGGGAUGCCCCCGGCCAUGCCCCCCCCGCCGAUGCCACCGGGUGCCGGAGCCCCCGGGCCCCCCUCGGGAGCCGCCCCGGCCGGGGGACACCCCCCACACCCUCACCCCUUCCCUCCAGGAGGGAUGCACCACCCAGGAAUGCCACCGAUGCAGGUGCACCACGGCCCGCCUGGGAUGGGGCAGCACCACCCAGGACCACCGGGCUCCGGAGGGCAGCCGCCCCCCCGGCCCCCCCCGGGAAUGCCACACCCCGGCCCGCCCCCCAUGGGGCUCCCCCCUCGGGGGCCACACUUCGGAUCUCCGAUGGGUCAUCCCGGGCCGCUGCCGCACCACGGGCUCCGUGGGCCACCCCCGCUGAUGCCGCCCCACGGCUACAACGGGCCCCCCCGGCCCCCCCCUUACGGCUACCAGAGGGUCCCACUGCCCCCUCGGCCGGCACAGAGACCCCCUGGAGUCCCCCCCCGGGGGCCCCUGCGGGGACCCCUGCCCUGAGAGGUGGGGGACUCUGCUCCCCAUUCUCAGCCUUCCACUGCUCCUCCUGUCAACAUUCCCGUUCCUGCAAAGGGCUGGGGGCCAUCCUCUCCUC